UUGACGUUGGUCUUUGAUCAAAAAUAAACGUUGAUAUUGUUAAUGUUAUGUUAAAUAUUUGAAAAUAAAUAUUAAUAUUAUGGUGUAAGUACCUUAAUAGGUACAAAACUUAUUUAAUUUUCAGAAUUUAAAUAAAAAAUAUUAAUAUGAGUAAUCGAAAGGUGGUUUAUAUAUGGGAAGAAAAAUUGAUACAACAUUGUGAUCGUUUGCCAGCAGUUGAAAAAAGGGCGUCCAUGGUGCACAGCUUAAUAACAGCGUAUGGCCUCCUAAACCAUGUUAUAGUAGUACGCUCUACACCAGCCACAUACAGUGAUUUGAAAUUAUUUCACUCAGAUCUAUACCUCGAUCAUUUGAAGAGGUUCGGCCAGAUUGACGAUGAAGAUGGUUACAUGCCUACUCCAGAAGAUGAAGAAUAUGGUUUAGGAUAUGAUUGUCCACCCAUUUCUAAUAUGUAUGAGGCAGUAGCAACAAUUGCUGGAAGUUCUGUGACCGCAGCCAAAUGUCUACUUCUUAAUUUGGCUGAUGUUGCUAUUAAUUGGUGCGGAGGGUGGCACCAUGCUCACAGAUUUGGUGCAGAAGGGUUUUGUUAUGUUAAUGAUAUAGUCAUUGCUAUAGAAACACUAAAAUUAAAGUAUUCAGAUAUACUUUAUAUUGACUUGGAUGUACACCAUGGUAAUGGUGUUCAAGAUGCAUACAAUUUGAGCAAAUCUGUAUUUACACUGUCAUUUCACAAAUGUGAAGCUGGUUUCUACCCUGGCUCAGGACUGAUAGAAGAUAUAGGCACAUUAAAAGGAAAAGGCUAUAUGUGUAAUUUCCCACUGCACGCAUUCUAUUCAGAUGCCACCUUCGAAUAUGCCUUUGAUAAUGUAUUUACCAUGGUAUACUCAUGUUUCAUGCCUGACGCCAUAGUGGUUCAGUGUGGAGCGGAUGCACUUGCUCAUGACCCAAUCGGUGGAGCUGGACUCACCAUACGAGGAUAUAGCUCUUGCAUUCAAAAGGUUCUUGAUAAACGAAAACCCACAUUGCUUUUGGGAGGAGGAGGGUAUAACAACAGUAAUACUGCAAAGUUGUGGACUUCACUGACAGCUCUCGUCACAGGAAUUGAACUGGAUGAAAUAAUACCUGAGCAUUGUUUUUGGAUGAAUUAUGGACCUGACUACACACUAUCUGUACAGCCUUUAUUAUGUAAAGAUGUCAAUACUAGAGAAUAUAUUAUGCAUGCCAUAUCUAUCGUUAAAGAAAAUUUAAGCAAAUAUUUACAAACAGAUGAAAUUGUAGAGCCACUAGUAAAGAAACGAAAAACUGAUGAAGACCCCAAGCCAAAUUCUGUUAUUUCAAAAAAACUAGACUUCAGGUCUGAAAAUAAUAUGGAUGUCCAGUAUGAAGUUACUGACAAAACUGUAGAUAUCUAUGAAUUCUUAGAUUAAUUUUUUUCUUACAUUACGUAACAUUAUUAUUUUUGAUAAAAGUUAUUUUUUAAAUAUGCAUGCUAUGAAACCAUUAGCAUUCAUUGAUACUACAAGGAAAUUCAAAGCUACUGGGAAAAAUAUGAUCUGUUAAUUUAGAAGACCAGUAAACAUUUAUUAUUUAUUCACAUACAGCAAAUAUAAAUAAUUGAUUGUCGAACAAGUGAACAAGCAAACAUUUGGAUCAACUGUCUCAUAGCAAUUCCAUGGGAUACAUAAAAUGUUAACGCACAUAAUAUAAUGACAGGAACAAGAUUAUCUGCAACCUGAAUACUUGAUUUUAUAUAUUUUAAUUAAAUACCUAUUACAAUACAUAUUACAUUGA